GGUGAGAACUUGUGAAAAUACUUUUUCGCUUCAUAAAAAUGAGCAACAAUGCCGCCUUACGACAUGAGCAUAUUGCUAUACAAAAUGCGAUGUGUGUGCCGCGAUUUGUUCGGAAUUUGCUCCUACGAACAAAGUUGACUACCGUAUACAUUUUAAAGUUUUUAACUUUACACAAAAAAUACGAUCUAAACCCAAACCGAACAUUUUAAAGACGUGAACACUAAAUAAACUGAUACAUUAACACCAUUCGUUCUACCCGACCGCCUCAUAUGAAAACGGGCAAACACACCCUACGUUAUCUUGUCAAUACUUAAUAUGUACUUGUCGUUCGUUAACAAUAAGAUUGUAGGUGGCUUGAGUCUGUGUCUAAUUAUCCUUGUUUUUCCUGCCCGAGAGAAUCAGAAAUGGCAAAAUGGCAGUUUUCGGUUGAAAAAGGCAGCUGCGAUACGAUAGCCCAAAUGACAAAUUUUAGACUAAUCACAUUUUGACACUUCAUCUUAUAUUCAUCAAUUUUACGUUUCACAUUUCAAUCAAAAUUAUUCGUGCAGGAAAAUCUUAUAUCUUCUGCUAGCAAGGUACAUACCGGGCCAUCUCCAAAUGAUUGGCGAAGAGGAAGCUCCUGAAAAACCACUCGUUGGUGAAGCCAGAUGCAUGAGUAUACAGGCGAUGCAAGAGCUGAAUCAGCUCAGAGAGAAGAAUCAACUGUGCGAUGCUACCAUUAUUUUAGACGACGGGACUCAAGUCCCGGUCCACAAAGCUCUCCUGUGUGCUUGCAGCACUUAUUUCAAGGCCCUUUUCACAACUCCUUUGCAUGGUCAGAGUAAAUCGAUCGUGAAUUUACCUGGGGUGUCAUCUGACAUGUUACACUCGCUCCUCUCCUAUAUAUACUUGAGAAAGCUGGACAUAAACGACGAAAAUGUCUAUCAGUUUCUAAUAACGGCCGAUUAUCUGAGCCUAUUAGGGGUUCUGGAGGUUUGUUGCAAGUAUUUAGAAUUCAAAUUAAAUCCGGUCAAUUGCAUCAAGAUCCUCCUCUUCGCACGGGCGUAUUUUUGCCAAGAAUUAGCCGACUACGCUUGGAAGUAUAUAAUGCGCCACUUUGUCGAUAUCAGUAAACAGAACGACGAUAUUUUAAACUUAUCGUUGCAAGAUUUUCGGGAAAUCAUAAACUCGGAUGAUCUAAACGUGAGAAGCGAAGAAACCGUCUGGGAGGCCAUACUGCGUUGGAUCAACCACGAUCCGGAUACUCGACGAAAGCAUAUCGUUGUAUUAAUGAAAUGUAUCCGCUUGGGUCUUUUGGACACUCAGUUUUUUCUAGAACACGUCAAAGAUCAUCCGUACGUUACCAGUUGCGAAGAAAGCCGUCCGAUGAUUAUCGAAACUCUGAAAUUCCUUUACGAUCUGGAGAUGAUAACGCACAGAGAUGGAGAGGUUCCCACUCCGGAAAUAGCAAGGCCUAGAGUGCCCCACGAAAUACUAUUUGCCAUAGGAGGCUGGAGCGGUGGCUCUCCGACAAACUACAUGGAAACUUACGAUACCAGAGCGGACCGUUGGGUGAAGGUAGAAGAAGUGGAUCCGAUGGGCCCAAGGGCCUACCACGGUCUAGCCGUUGUGGGAUAUAACAUCUACAUGGUGGGGGGUUUCGAUGGGAUGGACUAUUUCAAUUCGUGUCGUUGUUUCAACGCAGUCACCAAGACAUGGAAAGAAAUCGCUCCUAUGCAUGCCAGAAGAUGUUACGUGAGCACCACCGUUGUCAACGACAUGGUGUACGCCAUGGGCGGAUACGACGGUCACCAUCGACAAAACACGGCAGAAAAGUACAAUCAUAAAACCAACCAAUGGUCACUGAUAGCUCCGAUGAACAUGCAAAGAUCGGAUGCCAGUGCUUGUACUCUGAACGGAAAAAUUUACAUUACUGGAGGUUUCAACGGUCAAGAAUGUAUGCAUUCGGCGGAGGUGUACGAUCCGGACAUUAACCAAUGGAGCAUGAUCAAUCCCAUGAGAUCGCGAAGAUCCGGAGUCUCCUGUAUAGCUUAUCACGGUCACGUGUACGUAAUAGGUGGUUUUAACGGCAUAUCCAGGAUGUGCAGUGGGGAAAAAUUCAAUCCCCUGACAAACACGUGGACCCAAAUCCCGGACAUGUACAAUCCGCGCAGUAACUUCGCAAUCGAAGUUAUCGAUGACAUGAUUUUCACCAUAGGCGGUUUCAACGGCGUCACGACGAUCUACAAUGUGGAAUGCUACGACGAAAGAACAAACGAAUGGUACGAAGCGACAGACAUGAAUAUCUACAGAUCGGCAUUGUCGGCGUGCGUCAUUAGCGGACUUCCGAACGUCAAAGACUACAUCCACAAACACCGCGAACGACUGAUGGAGGAAAAGAGGCAGAAGAUGAUAGCUCUGGAGGCGCAAAGACAAGCGUCAAUGGUCAACAAUAACGACCACCAAAGAGCUCAACAUUCCCAAGCACACGCGCAAAAUCUUCAGCAACUGAAUAUGCUUCAGCAGUUGAACGUGAACGUUCAACAUCAGAAUCAAAAUAUGGCAUUGCCGCCUGUGCCCAAUCCUCCACCCAUGCCCAUGGAUGUUGAAGAUGCCAACAACGUCCCAAUCAACAAUAACAACAACAAUAACAACGAGUGAACAUUUAAUUUAUUACCAUAUUUACCUUUAUCGUAAAUUAUGACUGUGAUGACAAAUGUGAUGUGUGGCAUAAGAUAAAUUUAAAUUUGGAGUGGUUAUAAACCCGUAGGUGCAACAGCACUAUGAGGUCGCUAUUUACUACAUACACCCCGCAGGGGACCAGGACUUUUUUAUACAUACAUACCUAUACUAUAUAAGACUUUAUUUUAUACAUGUAAUCAAUAAAAUAGAAUGUUCCUUUAUAGACAACCACAUACCUAUACCAUUAGGUAGGUAUCGAUGAUUCGUUUACAAUUUACAACAUUUUUUUAUGCAGAAUAAAGGUCUUAUUUUGUAUAACAGAA